AUGAUUUCAUCAUCAACGGGUGUUCAUACGUCGAGUGCAUCAUCAUCAGCUACUCCUACAACAUCCACCAAGAAAAAUUCCUCUCUUGAUUCAAAACUCUAUGAUCGGAGUCGUAAAAGUUUUUAUAAUUAUUUGAAUCAUAGACCCUUGUUGAUGAGUAUGGAAAAACCGAGAACCAAUUAUUCGGUGCAAAAUUUGUUGGAUAUGAAUAUUGAGAAACGAAUGAUGAAUGUUUUGAAUGUGAAUCACGUUGCAUUUAUGGGUGCGUUUAAAACAGGAGCCAGUGGAGGAGAGGAUUGUUGUUUUUGUCUGACAACGAAUCACCGUAAUAUCAUUGCCACUAGCAAUGGAAGAGCUAAUUUAUUACUUUUCAAUUAUGAUGGUGUCAAGACAAAGGAAUUUGCAUCACAUCACAAGGAAAUUAUAACUCAAAUUCACUUUGUGCAAAAUCAUCGGGCCACUGAACAGCAACAGCAAUCAUCUGAGAAAGUGGUACAACAAUCGUCAGCAAAAGGUCAUCCGAUCGACCACGAAAUGUUCUACACGUCAUCUCUCGACAAAACUAUCAAAGUAUGGCAUGGCGAGAAUAAUAUUCAAACAUUGAAGGAUCACAAAGACUGGAUCCGUUGCUUGAAUACAAAUUGUGACUCUACUACGUUGUAUUCCGGAUGUAUUAGUGGCUUUAUUUACGGAUGGGACAUUAAUAGAAAUCAUCAAGUUUCUUUUCAAAUUCAAAACGAUCCAAAAGAUGCGCUAGGAGGUUUGAAUACAAUUAACUCCCUGUUAACCCUCCAUAGAUCACCCCACAUUGUUUAUAGUGCUUCACGUGACGGAUGUUUGAGAAUGUAUGACACCAGAAGUUUAGUUUUCAACAGCAAUACUGGAGUGAAUACAGUGAAACCAAAAUUUAAAAUCAAGGCUCACAAUGGUAAAAUGAAUCAAUUACAAAUCACGAACGAUGAUUUGUAUUUACUCUCUAGUGGACGAGAUAGUACCAUGAGACUGUUCGAUGUUAGAAAACUUCCUUCAACUACCCUGAAUGAAGUCUCAUCGCUGGAUCCAUUUGUUGUUCAAACCUACUCGCAACAUGAAUGCAAGUCAUACAAUGUCAGUUCAUGCUUUUUCAAGGAAGAGAAAUAUGUUCUCACAGGAAGUGAAGACAACAAGAUUUAUAUUUAUGACACAUGGUCAGGAAAGUUAGUACGCACUCUGAGUGGUCAUGAAGGCGUGAUCCAUUUAUUAAUGAACCUCGAUGAUUACAGGAUUAUUUCCAACUCGAUUGAAUCGAGUCGUUUGUUUUUCUGGGCACCAACGCUCGAAAAGACAGACAUUUUAUCUCAACUGGAAAAAGAAGUCGACGACUCUCUUGAGAGAAAUAUUUUGGAAAGAGUUAUGAGACAACACGGAGAUCAAAUUCUCAAUUUAUAUCACACGAACAGUUUACACAAUGAAAACGAAGGAUUAUCAGCAGCCAUGAACAAUCUAGUCAUCACUCCAGAAAAUCAACAAGUGUUCAAUGAUAUCAUGCAAACAUUUUUAAGAACAGUUAUUCAAGAGCAAGGACAAGGAGGGCAAAUCAAUUGGGACAGUUUAGAUGGAAUUGACGAUUCUGAUAGUGAUUCGAGUGACGUGUAA